CAGAGGUUUCUCUUCACAAUCAUGGAAGAGACGAAAGCAGAUUUGGAAUCUGAAGAUGGGAGAUCAAGAUUGGGUUCAAGAUCAAGAAGAAGAAGCUUGAGUGAUGUUCCCAAUGACUGUACUACCCCUGGAUUCACUCCAUUGGCUUCUCCUCGUACGCUAAAGCCAUCAUCUCCUUUGGAGUCUUACCCACACCAUGGAUUCAAUCCUCUGUUUGAAUCAGACGGUGAGCUUGAGUUUAACAAGUUCUUCAGGUCGUCUUCUUCAUCACCUCCACCAAAAUUCAAGUUCUUGAGAGAUGCUGAAGAGAAGCUGAGGAAGAGAUUGAUUGAAGAAGCCAAAAGAAGAGAAGGCUUAGCUUCUCCAAAAUCGGACCUUUCGACU